CCAUCUAUCUUACAUCAUAAAGUGAGAGGCCUACACAUAAAGCCAUCACACAAACAAUCACAAACAUUCUUUCUUGCAAAAUUAAGUCCAUUUGCAGACAAAAUUAAAAGGAGCUGAUUUUUAUUUUUCUCUCUUAGCCUUUCUCUUCCCCUCUUUUCAUCUCAAAAGACAUCAUCUCAUCUCAUCUAUUUUUCUUGCCUUUUUCUUCACCUUUUUUCCUUUGGAUUCAUGGAUGCUGCUCAAUGGCCACAGCAUCAGCAAGUAGCUGGUUUUUCAAGGGCAAUGGAAGAAAUAGCAAUACCAAACAAUAACAAUAAUCCUACAAACAAUAAUUCAAGGGCAACACAAGUUGUUGGAGAUCAAAGAAAAGCAAGGCCUCAAAAAGAUCAAAACAUCAAUUGUCCUAGGUGUAAUUCUACCAACACCAAAUUUUGCUACUACAACAACUACAGCCUUACUCAACCAAGGUACUUUUGCAAGACUUGUAGAAGGUAUUGGACUCAAGGUGGCUCUCUACGAAACGUCCCCGUCGGUGGUGGCUCUAGGAAGAACAAGAGAUCAUCGUCGUCCUUGUUGUCGUCGACCUCAAACCCAUCAAUCAACCACCCCACUAAACUCAUCCCUGAUUUAAACCCACCAAGUUCUUUGUCACACCUAAUCACUGCCUCACACCAAAACCCUAAAUUCCUUGAAGGUCAUGAUCUUAACCUUGCUUUUCCUAUGCAAGGUAUUUUCCACCCUAGUAAUAACAACAAUAAUGAAAAUCAUGAGCCAAUUAAUAUCAUGAACACUAAUAACAACAAUGCUAAUAACACAAACAACAAUAAUCUUUCUUCUAGUACUACAACUAACACAUGUAGUACAACCACCUCUACAACCCCAAUUUCAGCCCUUGAGCUUCUAAGGACAGGGAUUGCAUCUAGGGGAAGCCUAAACCCAUAUGUUCCGAUUCCGAUGCCGAUGCCAAUGCCGGAUUCCAACACUCUAUACCCCUCAGGGUUCCCAAACUUGCAAGAAUUCAAGCCAAACAUGGAUGUGUUUUCGCCGCCAAAUGAUCAUAACAUGGUUGGAUCAGGUGACAAUAAUAAUGUUGGAUCAAAUAAUAAUAAUGGUGGUGCUAAUUCUGCUAGACUUUUGUUUCCAUUUGCUGAUAUGAACAAGCUUGCUAGCUCAACACCAACAACAACAACAACUCAUCAUCAUCAUCAACAAGAAAUUGAAGAUCAAAACAACAAAGGAGGAAAUAAUCAUCAUCAACAUCAUCAUAAUAACAACAAUAAUAAUCAUCAUGGUUAUUGGAGUGGCAUGUUAGGUGGUGGAACAUGGUAAUUAUAAAGUAAUUAGAAGAUCAAAGAAUCAUAUUUUUUUUUUAUCUUUUUAUUUUACUAUAUGGUUGCUCACUUGUUUAAUUUGGUUUUUUUUUAAAAAAAAACUAACAUAUAUAUAUAAUAGGGGUACAUCUUAAUUGUUGUAUUUGAUGAUAAUAUUCAUGUAAUAGCUAGUCUUGGGAGUUUUCUUUUCUUUUUUUUUUUUUAACUUAGGGUUUUGGGCAAAUUUUUUUUUUUUUUUUUUGGUUUUUACAUCAAGGGUUCUUAGUAGGUUAGAGAUAGAAGAAGAGGUGAAUGUAUAACUGUAUAAAUUCUAGCUUUCAUGGUUUAUAUUCAUACCUUCUUCUAUCUAUAACAUUAAGUUAAUCCUUUUAAUCGAACUUUUGUAUCCUUUUUUUAUUAAUUAAGUGCUUGAUGAUGAUUUAUUAUUUACCAUAGAAAUUGCAAGUAUGUAGUAUAUUGUAAUAACACUUUGUCAAUUUCAUUUCUUUGCUUAAA